GUUGACAUUCGACAUUUCGGACACCUCCAAGAUGUGAAAAUUGAUAUACAACAACUCACAUUGAUACAGAAAUCCACCUCAUUCACAAGUAUUCUCCUCAUGCAAGUGCUUUGCGAUGAAGAGGUCAGUUGCAAGAAUAAUUCCACAUUUCAGCUCCAACAGACGCACGUUCUCAAUCCCAAGAACCUAUUCGGUAUCCCUACGACAUUUUCCUGCACGUCUCAUCCAGUCGAACGCCUUUCUUCUCUCCCCCACGACAUCGUGGCAUCCUCUCAGACGCCCCCAUGCCCAACUAAGUCUCGUGACAACUUCCUAUCUCCACUUCUUCCCUCCCAUACAUAGCAUCCCCUAACCCCAAUCCCCAGAUCUUCAUUCUUGGCAAACGUGCCGACUUCCCGCAUUCGGUCCAGAACCUCUUCGAAUCCCCCCAACUCCCCAGCCCAAACUUGGCGCUGGACCCAGAAAAAGUAUCUAAAAUACUCCCAGCAAUUGAGCCAAGAUGUCAACCGUACCAAUCUUGUUCUCGUUCCCGAGUGCCGCGUCUUCGGAGCAGCGAGGUAUCGCUACCAGUACCGCUUCAUCCGCCCUUUCUGAAGCCACCCUUCCGAAUUUCGUAACUGUGACGAUCACAGCUUUAUCCUCUCACUCUACCUCAAUCAUUGCAUUGAAUACACAGACCCCCACUCCCUCCCUUUCGGCGUAUAACUCAACGUCCAAUUCGACAUCUGCUGCGUCAGUAUACAAGGACAACAAGUUCUCAGGCGCAGAUUGGGCUACGACGAUCGUCAUUGGGUUGGGCGGAAUUAUACUCUGCUGUAUGAUCCCAAUUGUCAUUGCUGUCUAUUGGAAAGACUGGCAGGCAAAAAGACGAGAGAGAUGGGGAGAAAGCAGUGAAGAUUUCUGACAUAUGUUGAGGAGCCUCAAUGGCCGGCAGCUUGAUAGCGCUAGGAGGCCAAGAGGAAAGGGGACGGGAGUUAGUUUGUUGUUGUUGAUGAUGAAGAUAAGAAGGGGUACGUUUUUGU